UUUAUCUCUAUGGUCAUGAGAAGAAAGAGCGGCAGAAAGAAGAUCCAAGGCGCGACGGGAUUCGGAGACUCCGUAAGUCAACACAUCAGCCGAACGGGCCAGUAGGAGGCAAACAGACUACUUUUCCCAGCAUACUUCGCAGCACGAUUACUUCCCACGUCACGUGACAAGAGAAUCCGUUGGGCGCUCUAUGCCCCUGCUAGUUCCCUGUUUUGUUAUAGAGAAGAAUCCAGCAUCUCUUGUGGAGAAGAAAUAAUCUCCGGGCGAUGGAUCCCACGGUUAGCCAGCAGGCACCAACAGCCGUGCCACCCAGCCGGUUCCUGCGCUGUUCUGUCUUGACAGGGAACAAGGGCUGGAGCCACAGCCUUGUUUCCAGCUACCAGUGGGAUGCAACACAGAGGCCACUAUGGGUAAAGCUGGGCCACCGAUGGGGGAACUUUGGCGGCACACAACGGCCCCGGUGCCGGCCAGCUUCCUUGGGUUCCAAGCGCCAUCUUGAGAACAGAGAUCAGGAGCCCACUUCCAAGCACUUCCUCUCAGAGGACAAGAUGGCUGCCCGUUUUAACUCCCUGAGCCUGGACAAUGACCACAUCUACAGUUCCAACGGCUUCCCUGUUCAUGACGACGACCCCAAAUGGCAGCAGGCCUAUGCCCGAUUAAAAGAGCUGCAGCAGAGGCUGUCCCAAGAGGCAACGAGUAAAGAAACCAGUUCCGCAGAAGAGAAUGAGUUUGACAAUGUAAUUGUGGAUGGGGAGUUCAUCAUGGAAAAUUGCCCCAUGCUGACGCAUCCUUCUUUCUUGCAAGGGGGACCUGGAGGAGUCGGCAUCCCACCUAGAGAGGUGUUUUGCUCUCUGAACCCUUGUACAGAGGUCGUUCUGUGGAGCCCCCAUGGUAACACAGCCUUGCAGACCAUCCGGACAUUGAUGGCUCUCCCAAGUUCCUUGAGCCCUUCUGCACAGCCUCAGCAGGAUGUAGCUGCAGUAUUAGAAGAAAUGGAAACAUAAACAUUUCCCAUCGUAUUUUACUUCCCUUUAAAGCCAAACUCAUUCCUCCAGUUCAACCAGGGCACUACCAGCCAACCUCACAUGCUUUAGUGGUAGAGCAACACUGUUUGACUGCAAUAAUUCUCCUUUCUCCAUAGACUUAAGGCAUGGAUGCAGUGAUUUCUGGUGAAUGUUACCACAUUUUGCUAUUUUCUCCUCCAACAGGAGACUAGUGACCGAAAGUACAAGAGUGGGGUCAUGAGAUGCUAGGGCUACGCUUGAGAUGCAUACUUUUAAAGAAUUUUUAAAAUAGGCUUUCCAAGCUUUUCUUUUAUAGAUGAUCACGGAAGUCAGAUUUCAAAAGGAAAAUCAACACAGUGUUCCCAUGGCCACUCUUUCAACACAACUUUCUAAACUUUUUAUUCCCACUGCUUCUCUGUGUGCCCAAUAUCCAAGUGUUAUUCCGGAGGCCAUCAACAAGCUCACUGUGACACAUUCUUCUUUUUACACCAAAGGAGGGAUAGCCAUGAUAACCUGGAGAAAUAAAACCUGCAGAGGUGUUUCAUA